AUGAAUUUACCAGCAGUCCUUCGAAAUGUUCUUCGCUCAGAGUUCAGCCGCGAGCCACAUUCUCUCUACACAAGCCGGAGACGUUUAAGUCCACUCAGUACUUCCCUUACCAGUCGGAUAUACAUAGAUGAGAAGCAGCCAAGUACACUUCCUGGACGUUGCAUUUUCAAGACGCAAGUGCCUCUACUUCAGCGACGUAGCUCUUCGACUGCUACGGAUGCGCCGGUUGCUCAGCUUCAUAAGGAAACGGAAAGCUGGGAAGAUGACUCGCAAACACCUGAAGCCAAGAUUGGUUCUGUCAAAUCAUCAAAGGGCGUGGACUCAGCAGAAGGACAGAAACCCGCAUUGGAUUCUUCCCAUGCAAAGAAGCGCCUGGAUACCGGCCGAAUUUAUACGCAAUCGAAGCCAAAGAGGAAACGAGAAAAAUGGCAGGUUCAGAAAGAAGCCUUAAAGGAGAAAUUCACGGAAGGGUGGAAUCCACCAAAGAAAUUAUCCCCAGAUGCUCUUGAAGGGAUUCGUCACUUGCAUGCUAUAGCGCCUGACCGAUUUACCACACCUGUUCUAGCAGAGCAAUUCCAAGUGUCGCCGGAGGCAAUUCGACGGAUUCUGAAGAGCAAAUGGCGUCCUUCCGAAGAGGAAUUGGAAAACCGACGCAAGCGAUGGGAAAAAAGACAUGACCGGAUCUGGAGCCACCUGACUGAGUUGGGUCUCCGGCCAAAAACAAGGCGCACCAAACCUUUGGCGGAUAACAAGAUGCUGUACAAUAAGCGCGACAAAGGAAGGAAGUCAUGA